GCUAGUGUGGAGGGCCAGCCAUUUGUUUUCCACUUCCGGAACGCAGAAUCCGAUCAUGAGCUCUGCUGUCGCUUGAAUGUUGAUGGUCAAGUGGCCUCAAAUCCUUUCCUUUCUUCCACGGACCGCUCGUGGCGCGUGUGCUCCGGGAUGCGCACUAGCACCGAAACAGAGAGGGUCUUUCGGUUCUCAAGCAUACAGUUCACUGAAUCGAAUCCCGACGAAAUUGGGGCGACAGAAGCCAAAUGGGAUUUCUCUCAGAUCGGAAUCAUCGAAUUUGUUGUUUGGCGGGGAACAAACACUAGAAGAAAACUGCAAGAAUUCUCAUCUUCAAGGACAUUGCAUGUUUCCCCAGUUCCGGAGGGAAGCAAAAAAGCAGGAUGGCAUCGUGUGGCUCUCGGAGAAGAAGUGAAGAUAGAACGAAGACGGCCAUGUGUACCCAAACUGUUAGAUCCAAAAGACAAGCCGUAUGCGGUGAUACGUAUUCGAUACCGGCCAGCUCCCCUUCUACGUGCAAAUGGGAUCCUUCCAACGAUUUCUUCAUCGGAAGCAGUGACGACGACACGCACGAAGCGCGUGCGUACUGGAGAUGAACCCGACGCAACAUCCAGCCGCAAGCGUCGUAAGCCUUUAGUAUCAGAAGAGAUUGAGUGCCACCAAAUUAAGGCUGAGGUGGAUGCUGCCAGUGUGCAGGUAGAGAACCAUGGUUCGUAUACCGACCACGAAGACAAGGGACACUCAGAGGAGAUCCAAACCCUCCAAAAUCGAUUGCGCUUCUUGAAGGAGAAGACGGAGGUGAAGAAAGGUAAGCCGAGGGUCAAAUAAGAAAAUUCACAUUCGCCUGUCGUCGUUCCAGAGGACGAACGCGGUGUUGUUGGCUACGCGGGAUAGCGGGAUUUUUCUGGCUACUAUCAUCUAUUACCUUACUUUAUUAUUCACUUGCCACAUUUGUUUGGCUUUAUUUCUGUGGUUGUCUACGUCACUCUAUACUUGCUUAAUGAUUGUCUUGGAUAUAUAAGAU